UACAGGAUAUGCAGACUCUUCUCCUGUGCAGCCAAAUGAACCUGGAGUAGUGCAUGAUGCCAAGAUUGUUUACAGAUACCUGCGUGAGAGAAUUGGCUCAUCACCUUUAUUUGUGUGGGGUCACUCACUUGGAACAGGAGUGUCAACACAUGCAGUUGGAGACUUAUGCUUAGAGGGUGACCAUCCUGCAGCUCUGGUGCUGGAAUCGCCCUUCAAUAACAUAAAAGAUGAAAUAAAAUUCCACCCACUUUCAUCAGUUUACAUUCAGCACUGGUGACAAAAGAUGAUUAAGCGACUACUGUAUCUGCUAUUUCUUAUAUCAUUAUGGCUUGGUGGAAUAGCCUUGAAGUCUGUAAUUGUUGGUGCCAUUUUGACUUUGUUUGUCGUGUAUUUCAUCAUUCCAUUGGUAUUUCAUUACUCUCCUGCACUUCAACGACAUAUUGUCUUCCUAAAUUUUGUAAAUCUUCCUAAAGGAGUAGACUACAAUGUACCAGAUAAAGAAGAUUUACCUGGGACACGCAACUUCUAUUUACAAACUGACAAAAAAGUUAAAGUUGGAGUGUGGCAUAUACCCGAGUCACUCAUUUCUUCAAUUCCAAAAGAGGAAUCCUCAGACCAAGUGGCCUGGUUUGAAAAAAGCUUAUGUGAUGAAAGACCUGUUGUGCUGUACUUGCAUGGGAAUACUUCAUCUCGAGCGACUGCACACAGGAUUGAGCUCUAUAAAGUGCUUAGGAAGAUGGAUUAUCAUGUUAUCGCAUUUGAUUAUAGAGACUCCCCAUAUGCUGAACCAAGGUCGCUGCAUAGGUCAUUUGUCUUUUAUGGCUUUUGUCUGUUUAAGUUAAUCAUGGAAAAUCAGUUUCAUAAAUUUGAUGCAUCAUACUUUCAGAUAUUUCGUAAAAUGCCAAAGUUCGAGUGGUUGUUCCUGAAUCCUCUGGCAAAAUCAGGUAUCGACUUUCGUAGUGAUGACCACAUUGCACAUGUACAGGCACCAGUUCUUAUACUACAUGCUGAGGAUGACCUUGUUGUACCUUAUACAUUAGGUCGAAAGUUAUACGAGACUGCACAGAGAGUCCGACCUAAGAAUGCGCCCACUGUAAAGUUUGUAGGUUUUGCUGCCAAAUGUGGAUAUUCUCAUAAAUAUAUAUGUCGUGCUCCUGAACUGCCAGAAAUUCUCAGGGAAUUCUUCGAUGAAGCAGUAAAGGCAAAUAAUUAGAGUGCAGCAGUUGACUGGAAGUAAUGUGAUUAACAGUAUUAAAAAUGAAUUGUGUUGCCAGUAAUUGGUCAUGCAAGACAACGAUUUCUUUUUUUUUCUCUCUCUCCAAUGAAUGCCCUGUUGAAUAUUUGUAUGUGUGUAUACCAGAGCUAGUUUGUGUUACAUGUUUCCAGAUAACCUGGCUAUAUCAGCCCAGGCAUGGACAACAUUAAGAGAACUGACAUUGUGGUUUAGAUAUACACUAACAGUGUGGGAUACAUUUGUAGCUAGUCCUGUGAUAGUGUAGUUUAUAUAUCCACUAACUGUAUGCGGGAUACACUUGUAGUAAUUCUAUGAAUUCUGGAUAAAUUAAAACAGUUUGUCAUAUUUUUUUUAUUAAAUAAUUCUUAAAUGUUGGUGCAUAUUAUUCUUAGUGUUUGAUUGAAAGCAAGUUAUUUUUUUAAGCAUGUCUUUCAAUUUCCCUUUCUGCUAUGAGAGCCUGUGUGGUCCACCUGACGAGUGCUACACCUCAUUCACACUAUUCCUCACUUCCCUAGAUUACAGCAAAGUCUGUACAUAUGUUUUCUCUCAACAAUAAUAUUUACUUGGAAAAAGACACCUAUGUACAGUUAGUGGCUUCUUCAGCCCUGAAGAAGCCUCUCAUGGCAAAAUGUUUCCUCUAAUAAAUGUCCUGAACUGUAUAUAAGUGUUUUUUUCCACAUCUUGUCUUUAUCACCAUAUCAUUUUUCAGUGAUCUUUACCUCCAGUUACCUUGCAUUAUUUGCUUGUUAUAAAAGGCAUCACCUGAGGCUCCCAGAGUGUACCGGAAUCCCAUUUUCAUCCUCUUAUCAUGUCAACAACCCUGCGCUUUUCCUGCCUUCACUGUUCAGUGUGUAUAGGUACUGCACAAGUAUGAAUACUUUAUUUCUCAGGAGUAAUUGGAACUCUCCAGUAACUUUCAAGAUUUGUGGCAGUCCCUACUGCUUUUCAGUAUACUAUUCUUUUAUGGAUGAAAAUUUGCUUUCCCUGGCAGACACAGCUUGAUACCCAUUAUGACUUCCUUCCGUUGGGUUGGGCCCACUCAUGCCCUUAAAAGCCUUCAUACAAGUAUUCAGUAUAAAAUUAUCCUCAUUUCCAUGCCAUAUUCUGUGCCAUGCAAAUUCUUAUUGGCUUUAAGUUGGUAUCAUUUGAUGGUAUCCACAACCUUUCCCUUAUCUUUUCCAUUUUCUCAUGACUGAGGAUUCUACUUCUAGUUGAGGAGCUGGUCUCUGCCUGUUUUCAUGGCUCACCAGGCUUUGGCAACCUUCCCACUUUUCAGGCAGUCUCACAGCCUGAGAAGAGAGCCUUUCCUGACCUCAACUCUUGUUUGAGAGAGUUUCCUAACCUCUUUUUUUUCUUUCUUUCUUGCUUUUACAGUGAAACAUUUUCUGUGAUGGGAAGUGCAUCUUCUUUCCUCACACUAACUUAGGCACCUCUGUAAAGGAAAAUGACAUUGUACAAUCAGUGGUGGGACCAGAAAAUUCUAAUAUUAUGGGACAACCUUUAACAGAAUUUUUACCUCCUUUGAAAGAAAGCUGAACACACGUGAAUGAAAAUCUUCUUCUUUCAACAAACCGGCUGUAUCCCACCAAGGCAGGGUGGCCUAAAAAGAAAAAUGAAAGUUUCUCUUUUUAAAUUUAUUAAUUUAUACAGGAGAAGGGGUUACUAGCCCCUUGCUCCCGACAUUUUAGUCGCCUCUUACAAUACACAUGGCUUAUGGAGGAAGAAUUCUGUUCCACUUGCCCAUGGAGGUAAGAGGAAAUAAACAAGAACUAGAAAGAAAAUAGAAGAAAACCCAGAGGGGUGUGUAUAUAUAUGCUUGUACAUGUAUGUGUAGUGUGACCUAAGUGUAAGUAGAAGUAGCAAGACAUACCUGAAAUCUUGCAUGUUUAUGAGACAAGCAAAAGAUACCAGCAAUCCUACCAUCAUGUAAAACAAUUACAGGCUUUUGUUUUAUACUCACUUGGCAGGACGGUAGUACCUCCCUGGGCGGUUGCUGUUUACCAACCUACUACCUAGGAUGAAUGAAAAUAUUCGGCCAUAAAACUUAAGCAAAAUAUUUACUACUUAUCUAGACAAUUUGUUUUGUGCUGACAUAUGUUUGGUAUUACAGUAUUGCAGAAUAGUAUGUCUGCAUUCUGUUCUACACUAAAAAAUUGUUUAGGAAUACUCAUCAAUUAGAUUUCUUUUUUUUUUAAUAUGUCUGCAGUUUCCCACCAAGGCAGGGUGACCCAAAAGAAAGAAAGAACCCUGAAUGAAAGAAAAAACUUUCAUUAUCAGUCAACACUUUCACCAUCACUCAUACAUAAUCACUGUGUUUGCAGAGGCACCCAGAUACGACAUUUUAGAUAGUCAAUCCAAACUGGUGAUAUCCCAAACCCCUCCUUUAAAGUGCAGGCAUUGUACUUCCCGUUUCCAGGACUCAGGUCCAGCUAACUGGUUUCCCUGAAUCCCUUCACAAAAUAUUACCCUGCUCACACUCCAACAGCUCGUCAGGUCCCAAAAACCAUUCGUCUCCAUUCGCUUCUAACACGCUCGCACACGCUUGCUGGAAAUCCGAGCCCCUCGCCCACAAAACCUCCUUUAUCCCCUCCCUCCAACCUUUUUGAGGAUGACCCCUACCCCACCUUCCAUCCCCU